AUGACUGAGGACUACUCCGAGCUGGCAGACUUCGCCCUCGUGUACACCGCGGAGGCACACCCCAUCGACGGAUAUUUUCUCAAAGACAACUUGCAGAUUCCGAAGCAUAACCAAUGGGACGCUGGAAGAACGUUACAAAGCCGCCAGCUGAUGUUGGACCAGCAGCCGCAGUCCUGUCCAGUGCUGGUGGAUAGGCUCAGCGACGAGGCUAACAAGGCCUAUGCAGCGAGUCCGGGGCGCUUGUAUAUCGUGCUUGAAGGCAUUGUGGUGUAUAAGGGUGGGCAGGGACCCCUGGGUUAUAAGAUUAACGAAGUGGAGGCUUGGCUGGAGGCUUUCAGGGAACACAAGCAGCUCAUGACCAUAUCAACAGUACAGAACGUGGAGGCCAGACACGACCUGCCAAAUCCAGCUUAA